GGUGGAGGUGCCUCGAUCUGUGGUGGGGGCGGGGCUGCUCUGGGGGGGCAGCUCAUCGCUCAGGCAAAAGUGUUCAUGCGGUGGUGUCUGCUCCCCUGUCUUCGGGGGUGAGGAUGAUCGAGACACCCGAUCCUGCCAACUGUACUUUUUGCCCAGAGAAUUAUUAUUCAGUGUGUCCUGAGACAACUGCACCUGCGGAAAGAGGUUGAGCGUGGUGGGCCGCUUGGGCAGGCCCCCUUCUAGUCCUCUCAGCCAAAAGCCUCUCGUUUCCAAGGGCCGAGACAGAGACAGAGACAACGAGAUACACAGAGACAGAGACGCCAAGGCACCAGCAUCCCUCUCCCCCUUCUGUCCCGCCCCAUCGCUCUGACGGACACCAUUGCUCAGCCAAUGUCGCUCACGAUGUGCCCCUGAAGGGCCAAUGAGCGCCAGAGGAGGGCGGAAGAUUUCCCCGCCCCCACUUCUAGGCUUGGUUGAACCGUGCAGAUACCUUCUCGAAACAAAAGAUUUUCCUACCUGCUUAUACUUGGUAACCGAGGGAAUUACUAAGACUUCUUGCUCAUUUCUGAGUAUUGUCUUUAUAUCCUGACACUAUGAAUGCUACUUGGAUGCCUCUGAAGGGUCUCUUCUGCAGGGUCCCCAUGAAUUGUGGCUGAAGUUGUGCACAAACAAGUAUCUCCAGUGACAGGAGUGCCUUCUGAGGCAGCCCAUUGCAUUUUCAUCUGCUGACACUCUGCUGGGCUGACUUCUGUAGUUUUCACCACUGAUCUUCAGUCCACCUCACAGAGCUCUAUAAAACGCUUGAAUCCUCUUUACAUCAUAGACUUUCAGCUACUUGAAGAUAGCCAUCAGCCGCUACGUGACUCUUUUCUCCAGGAUCUCCCUAAUACUAUGAACGUGGCAGAGAUAACGGACGAGCUCGGCCUCCAUUCCCUCCGCUACAGAAACUGGCACAUUCAGGCUACUUGUGCCACUACUGGACAUGGGCUUUACGAAGGCCUGAACUGGCUCGCCAACCAGUUCCAGAACCAGAACUGAUCAGAAGGAUCUAUUCUUUGUGCCUUGUGGCCACAUCAGCUAGCCUCUGCUGUGUGCAUGUGUACGUGUGUGCUGGGAGUGGAGGCAGCUUUCUCACGGUGCCUUAUCCAUGCCAUAAGAAAAGCAGUGUUACAUUUUAAGAAACCCAGUGUUAAGUUUUAAACACCACCUUCCAUUUCAGUAGCUUUGAUGAUCAUUUUUGCAAUUGAUGGAGAAGUCCAGAGGGCUUGCUGGUGCUCGAAGGCCAGAGCGGGCUUCAUGGAGGCGAGUUGGAGCGGGGACUGAGUUCAGCUGUUGCAAUCCUGGUCUGGCGUCUGGAGUCCUGUUAGUCUUUGGCAUCCUUUCGUAAAAAGGAAGGAAUUGUCAUUCUUUUUUUUUUAAACCAUAUUUUUACUGUACCUUUUCAUGUUUAUUUAUUUUUUAUUAAAAAAAUUUUUUUUGAAACAGCCUCCCACUCUGUCGCCCAAGCUGGAGUGCAGUGGUGCGAUCUCAGCUCACUGCAACCUCCGUCUCUCGGGCUCAAGCAAUCCUCCCACCUCAGCCCCCUGAGUAGCUGAGACUACGGGUGUGCACCACCACACCUGGCUAAUUUUUGUAUUUUUUGUGGAGACAGGGUCUUGCCAUGUUGCCCAGGCUGGUCUGUAACUCCUGAGCUCAAGGGAUCCACCCACCUCAGCCUUCCAAAAUGCUGGGAUUACAGGCAUGAGCCACUGCGCUACUGAGAAAUCGUCAUUCUUUACCACCACUGCUGCAGCUAGCAGCUCACUCUUCAGUGCUUUAAGCAAAUGAUCCUCAGGAAAGAAAAGGUAUUUGCUUAUUGCAGGUGCAAAGAGGCUCAGAUUGGAACUUUUCCCUGAAGCUGUAUUGUAGCCCAGAGUUCCUGAUGUAAGAUGCUUUAUUUAAAGACAUCCGUGAGCUUUUUCACUGGCAUAUCAAUACUUCAUAACACUAGGAAGGUAUCCAGCCUUUUCCUUAUGCUAGUUCCUUCCUUUAUUUGCCAGAUGGGGACCCUGUGGGGAGGUGACCCAGUGUGAGGCCGAAGCUCUUUCCCAGAGCCCCACAGGCCAGUGGAGGGUCGUGUUUGUGCUCUGGGCAUCACCGUCUUGGGUCUCGGUCCCCUGCGACUGCAGUUGCUACAUCCCUGCUCUGAGAUAAAUGUUCUUCCCAUGAAGCAGACGGUUCACUUUUGGGAUGGCGCUGUCCCCAGGUUUGGCUGUCUCAGUCCAGAUGAUGUUUGGUUAGUUUCCAUUCCCAGAACCACAAGCCUUUGAGUUCUGAAAGUUUGUGACAGAAUCAAGAGGCUAAUUUGGGAGAUGUGAGAUUCCCAGCCCACCUGGUAUUGCCCUCGAGUUAGUGGUAAAUUUUGCUAUGGAAAAUAUCUCUUGUCAAGACCAAGCUCCGGCGCAUUGCCUCCCUCUUUUGGAUGGCCAUGACAUCUCAUGAACCACUUGGAAAUGUGUUUUAUGUUGUUCUCCAAAUAUUAAUAAAAAUAUCCCGGAGAGGAGGUUCACUAAGUAGCCUAGAGCUCGUUUGUCCAGACAAUUGUUGGCCAUAUUAGUACCUAAGCACUUCUAUUUAAACUUCUUUUUUUUUUUCUUUUUGAGACGGAGUCUUGCUCUAUCACCCUGGCUAGAGUACAGUGGCGUGAUCUCGGCUCACAGCAACCUCUGCCUCCCGGGUUCAAGCGAUUCUCCUGCCUCUGCCUCCUGAGUAGCUGGGACUACAGGCGCCCGCCACCACACCCAGCUAAAUUUUGUAUUUUUAGUAGAGACAGGGUUUCAUCAUGUUGGCCAGGCUGGUCUUGAAUUCCUGACCUCAAGUGAUCCACCUGCCUCGGCCUCCCAAAGUGCUGGGAUUAUAGGCGUGAGCCACCACGCCUGGCCUAUUUAACCUUCUAAAACUACUUUUUCAAGAAAUAUUUAUUCGAAUUAUAGAAGAUUGGCCAGGCACAGUGGCUCAUGCCUGUAAUCCCAGCGCUUUGGGAGGCCGAGGUGGGAGAGUCGCUUGAGCCCAGAGUUUGAGAUCAGCCUGGGCAACAUGGCGAGAACCUGUCCCAAAUUUAAUAUAAUAAAUUUUAAAUAAAAUAAAAUUUUAAAAAUAAAAUUAAAUAAAAAAUUAUACAGGAGGGCCAUGUCAGGUGAAUUUUAACUGAAGCAAACCUUAUUUAUUCAUAACAAUGAAGUUGAUAUUACUAGGAAAAAAUUUCAUUCCAUGAUAAAUGUGUGGUAUCAUGUUUUUCUUUAAAAUAUUGAAUUUAAAGAAUGUUCAUUGCAAUACUGGCAACUAAGUCCAGAUUUGCUUUUUAACCAUGGAGUAAUUUCUGAGAAAUACUUGUUUUAUUUUAUUUUAUUUUAUUUUAUUUUUUUGAAACAGAGUCUUGCUCUUGUUGCCCAGGCUGGAGUGCAAUGGUGUGAUCUCUGCCUCCUGGGUGCAAGCGAUUCUCCUGCCUCAACCUCCUGAGUAGCUGGGAUUACAGGCGCCCUCCACCACGCCCAGCGAAUUUUUGUAUCUUUAGUAGAGACAGGGUUUCACCACGUUGGCCAGGUUGGUCUUGAACUCCUGACCUCAUGAUCUGCCUGCCUCAGCCUCCCAAAGUGUUGGGAUUACAGGUGUGAGCCACCGCACCCGGCCUCUGAGAAAUAUUUAGAUUGUACGCCUCAAAUGGGCAGGGACUGUGUCUUACACUUUUGUAUUUAUGCUACAGCUUACCUAAUACAGUGCCAGGCCUCGUUAAACACUUAUUGAUUGCUCAGACAAUAAAGAACUUGCUUUGGAAGGAGGAGAGGAUAGUCAUGUGCUUCUGAAUGUAUUGAACUUCUUGAAAUCUCUUUCCCCAUCAAUUUUAGCAGAGUUUCUAUUGAAACUCCUAGGGUGUGUUUAUGGAAGACAAACUGAGAUGUGCUGUCCCAGCCUUAGGCCCUGGCAGUACGCCUUGCCUUUUCACGGCACACCCACUACAGCCUUUCCCACACUGUGACACUGGAGCUGGUGAGUCAGAGUAAGUAUAAGUGGGGAGCACUUUUCAGUACAGUAGUUUUGAGGAAAGACUUGGGUCUCUGAAAGCCAUGUUUGCAUCCCUGCCAUGUCCCUCACUGGCUGCUAGCCUCAGGCCACUGACUCUUAGCCUCUGUAUCUCGGAGCCUCAGUUUGCUUAACUGUUAAAUGGGGAUACUGAUACCUGCCUCAUAGAGUUAGGAGGAUUGUCUCCUACCUUUGAAUGUCUUGCUCUGGUGUUUCCCUGGAGAUAUCUUGUCCAAGUAUGAACAGCAGUGCUGGCCACAAACUCAUCAGCAUUAUUAUUAUUAUUUUUAUUAUUAUCAUUAUUGAGACAGAGUCUCACUCUGUCACCCAGGCUGGAGUGCAGUGGCACAAUCUCAGCUCACUGCAACCUCUGCCUCCUGUGUUCAAGCGAUUCUCGUGCUUCAGCUGCCCGAGUAGCUGGGAUUACAGGUGUGCACCACCACAUCUGGCUAAUUUUUGUAUGAGUAGUAGAGACGGGGAUGCACUAUGUUGGCCAGGCUGGCCUUGAACUCCUGACCUCAAGCGAUCUGCCCGCCUCGGCCUCCCAAAGUGCUGAGAUUACAGGCGUGAAUCACCGCACCUGGCCACUUUUAAAACAUUUCUAUCACCCUGAAAAGAAACCCUGCACCCUUUAGCAGUCACUCCUCAUUUCCCCCGUCCUCCGCAGCACUGGGCAACCACUAACCACUGACCUACUUCCUGUCUCUAGAUCUGGUGGAGAUGCUUUUUAAACUUUUUUUUACUACCCUAUGGUCCCUGAGGAGCAUUACACUGAGAAAUUUUCUCCUAUUUUGUCUUUCAUUCUCCGCAUCCUCUUUUGUUCUAGUGCAUGGCAUGGGAAGCCCUCUCUAGGAGGAUGCUGUGGCCACACAAGCACUGGACGAACCACUGGAGUAGGUGACUUCAAAGGUGUCCUGAUGUAGUAGCUAUUAGACAAACUCCUGCAUUUGGCCAGUAAUUAGCGUGCUGCUGCACAUUGCCACUAGGUGGUGCUGCUGCUCCAUCCCAACUAACCCACAUGCAUCCCUGGCUGGGGUCAGCCUUGGGGUUUCCCAAGUGUAGAGGAAUUCAUCUCUGUGCCUGUGGUAAUGGCUGGACACCAGGUGAGACCCUGUCUCAAAACAAAACAGAAAUAACAAAAAAUAAGGCGACUUGCUGGAGGCCACAUGGCUGUGAGCCAAAUACAGGUCUGGGUUAUCAGGGCUCACAUACUUCUAAGUACACCCUACUGCCUUGGAAUCUGCUGAAGACCAAGCCCCUGCCCCCAAGCCAUGGCAAAGAAGGAGGGAAGGAAGCAAAGGUGCCCAGUGGGGACAACUCGGGGAGCGGCGAGAUGCCCAGGGCCCAGGAAGGCCAAGCAGCAUGUGGCAGGGCAGCAUCAGGUGACUCCCAAGAAGGAAUGAGGAGAGGAUGUGAGGAAAGAGCCACAGCACAGAGGCCUGCUGUUAGGUCAGCGGAAACCACGGCCCAUGGGACCUGGAUCUACCCUUGAUGCUAACAAUGUUCUUUGGGGAAAAAAUCUAUAAUCACAAAGUUUCUGCAACUGGACUGUAGUCAUGGUUGCAGAACUGUAUAGAUUUACUAGGAACCAUCAAAUUGUUCACUUACAAUGGGUAAAUUGUACAGUACAUAGGUUAUCCCUCAGUAAAGCUGUAUGAAAUUUAUAGUCAUGAAACCAAUAGUGACAAAGGAGCUGGGUAAGUAGGUCUCAGCUGUUCUGUAGGCACUUUGAGAAGAGGAAGAGUAGCAUCUCGGUUUUAAUAAAAGAAAGCCUGGCCCAUGGCGUCCAGCUUCUGCUUGAAUACUUUCAGUGCCCGGGAGCUCAGUAUCUCAAAGCAGCCCACUCCGGUUUAAGAGAACUCUAAACCUUAGAAUGUUGAAAUACAUCAUUAUUAUUCUAGUACUGCUGUGAAAAAUAAAUGUCUUUGUUUUGCCACAUAACAUUUCUCUGAGAGCUUGAGGACAGUUAUUGCAUUUUCCCAAGUCAUUUUUAUCUCAGACAGAAUUCCCUGAUGACCUGUAGGUUUUUUGUUUUUUUGUCUUGUUUUGUGUGUGUGUGUGUGUGUGUGUGUGUGUGUGUGUGUGUGUGUGUGUGUGUGUGCGCGCGCGUGUGUGUGUGUGCGCGCGUGUGUGUGUGUUUUGGAGAUGGAGUCUCUGUCGCCCAGGCUGGAGUGCAGUGGCAUGAUCUUGGCUCACUGCAGCCUCCACAUUCCGAGUUCAAGCAAUUCUCCUGCCUCAGCCUCCCAAAUAGCUGGGAUUACAGGUGUGAGCCACCACACCUGGCUAAUUUUUGUAUUUUUAGUAGAGAUGGAGUUUCACCACAUUGGCCAGGCUAGUCUCGAACUCCUGGUUUCAGGUGAUCCACCCUCCUCGGCCUCCCAAAGUGCUGAAAUUACAGGUGUGAGCCAUUGUACUUGGCUCUCCUUGUGUUUUUUACAGGACAAGAUUUCCAGCCUCUCCCAUUCUCCCAUUCUCCUGGUAGCUCUCCAGGAGCUACCCCUUUGAUCUGUCCACAUCCUUCUUAAAAUGUGGGGACCCAUGGGGAACCUGAGAUUCUGCAGAUGCCAGCCCAGUGCUGUGUGGUUAACAAUUUGGAUCCUAGCAUUAAGACCCCGGGUUCAAAUCCUUGCUCCGCUGUAGGCCAGCUGUGUGACCAUGGUUAAAAACAUCUACCUUUCUGAGCUCUAAUGUCAUCAUCUAAGUUAUUGUGAGGAUUGUACUGACCCACACUUUCUAUCUGCCCAAUCCCUUGAGGUGGGCUCAACCUGGGUUGGCAAUGGUUGGGCAAGGGAGAGCAAUCCAAACAGCAAACUGUCACACUGCUGAUAAGCCAAGCAGAGACACAGCCACCAUUAGGAGAAGGGGCUCUUCCAUCUCUGUCAGGCUUUUCUCUCAUGGAGCUGUAACCCCUGGCAAAGGAGGUGAGGAACUUGCUGGGGGGAGCACACAAACACCUGCUGAUGUGCCUGACUUGGAUACCCAGGAAGUUGCUGGCUUUCUCUUCCUUUCCCCAACAUUUUUAUUUGUUUGUUUGAGGCAGAGUCUCGCUCUGUCACCCAGCCUGGAGUGCAAAGGCAUGAUCUUGGCUGAGUGCAAUGGCAUGAUCUUGGCUCACUGCAACCUCCGCCUCCUGAGUUCAAGUGAUUCUCCUGCCUCAGCCUCCUGAGUAUUUGGGACUACAGGCGUGCGCCACCUCACCCGGCUAAUUGUUGUAUAUUUAGUAGAGAUGGGGUUUUGUCAUGUUGGCCAGGCUGGUCUCGAACUGACCUCAGGGGAUCCACCCGCCUCGGCCUCCCAAAGGGUUGGGAUUACAGGCAUGAGCCACCGCGCCUGGCUGGCAUUUUUUUUUUCAACAUAGUCUCCUCUUGAUCUCAUCCUUUGUCCACUGCACAAACCCCUCCCCAAAACGAUCCCCAAGGAGGGGGGCUCCCGAACUAGAUCAGCCUAGGGUAGGCCUACCCGGUUCAAUCUUAGUCGGGUCUAUGGUGCCAUCUGAUUGAAAUCUAACUUGACUCUCUUCUCACUGACCUCUUCGGGGUCCCAGGGGUGUAAACAUCCUGCAGCCUUCCACCAGCAUUGUCUCUUCAAUGUUCCCCUCCAUUCAUGACUCUCCUCACUGUAUUUCUACUAACUUAACUCUUACAUACAAAACAGGUCUUUCCUUCUUUCUGUACAUCAGAUAUCAUUUUGGAUCGAUACUACACCCAAGGCUGGGUGUGGUGGCUCAUGCCUGUAAUCCCAGCACUUUGGGAGGCCGAGGCAGGCAGAUUACUUGAGGUCAGGAGUUUGAGACCAGCCUGGCCAACAUGGUGAAACCCCAUCGCUACUAAAAAUACAAACUUAGCCAGGCAUGGUGGCGCGCGCCUGUAGUCCCAGCUACUUGGGAGGCUGAGAAAUGAGAAUCACUCGAACCCAGGAGGUGGAGGCUACAGUGAGCCAAGAUUUCACCACUGCACUCCAGCCUGGGCAACAGAGGAAGACCUUGUCUCAAAAAAAAAAAAGAAAAAGGAAAAGAAAGCAAACUACACCCCC